ACGGCGCGCGUGUGAACUGGUGGGAGAGGAGGAGAGGACCAGUGAGGCAGAGGAGGAGGAGGAGGCAAGUGCAGAAGGCUCGGCACUGAACGGGACUCCGCGUAAAUAAACAGCACAGCAGCAAAGCGCUCCGUGGAGGGGCAGCUGAAGAGACGGAGCACACCGGGCUUCGCGUGUCGCAUCGAAGAGGAGCAGUCAGACUGAAGAAAAAAAACCCAUAGGAGGAAGAAGCAGACAUCUACCCAGAAAGGAAGUGGAGCGAGGGUAUUUGGGCUCCUCUGUUGUGGAAGUGCCCUCAGUCUGUGAUUGAGCAGCGGAGGGGCAAGGGCAGACCACAGCGACCCUUAAUGAUGACGAUGGAGAUGAGGAGUUUGGAAGCAGCGCUGCUGGUGUUGAUCCUCGGACACCUUGCCUCUGCUCUAGAGGUCCCACUAGACCUUCUUCCAGGAUUGGCACAGCCUCCAACAAUAACUCACCAGUCCCCAAAGGACUACAUCGUGGAUCCUCGAGAGAAUAUUAUAAUUCACUGUGAGGCGAAGGGGAAGCCGCAUCCCAGCUUCUCCUGGACGAGAAAUGGGAGCCACUUUGACGUCGAGCAGGACGAAAGCGUCACCAUGAGGCCUCACUCCGGGACUCUGGUGGUGGACAUCACCAGAGCAAGACCUGAACAUUACGAGGGAGUGUUUCAGUGCACGGCAAGGAACAAACACGGAUCUGCUGUGUCCAACAAUAUCGUCGUCAGACAGUCAAAGUCCCCCUUGUGGUCAAAGGAGAAAAACAAACCAAUCGUGGUCCGGGAGGGUGUUUCCUUGGUGCUGCCAUGCCGACCUCCAGCAGGACUUCCACCUCCCAUCAUAUUCUGGAUGGACAAUAACUUCCAGAAGUUACCUCAGAGCAAGAGGGUGUCCCAGUCGUUGAAUGGUGACCUGUACUUCUCCAACGUUCUCAGUGGGGAUUCCAGGAACGACUACAUCUGCUACGCUCGCUUCACACACACGCAAACCAUCCAGCAGAAACAGCCCAUCACUGUCAAAGUGCUCAACCUGGAUGCAAUCAAUGAAACAGUGGCAGAUUAUUAUAAUGACACUGAGUUAUUAAAUGAGGCCCCAGUGGAUGAUAGGAAGCCAACCUUCCUCAUCCCAUCUGGCCACUCAAGCUACAAGAUGGUGCUGAGGGGACACGUACUGAAGAUGGAGUGCAUUGCCGAAGGACUGCCCACCCCUGAGGUAUCCUGGACCAAAGUGAGCGGAGACCUACCCAGCAGGCGCACGUCCUUCCUUGACUUCAACAAGACCCUGCAGAUUGUGAACGUGUCUGAGUCGGAUGAGGGAGAUUACAGCUGCACAGCCAAGAACCAGCUCGGCUCUGCGCACCACAUCAUCACCGUCGAGGUCAAAGCUGCGCCUUAUUGGAUCAGUGGGCCUCCAAAGAAUCUUGUUCUGGCUCCAGGAGAGAAUGGAGCGCUGACCUGCAGGGCCAGCGGCACACCCAAACCCUCCAUCAUAUGGUCAAUGAAUGGUGACCGCAUAGAGAAUUUACCUACAGAUAUCAGCAGAAGGGUGGAGGACGACACAAUCAUCUUCACCGACGUUCAGGUUGGAACCAGCGCUGUGUACCAGUGCAACAUCUCAAACCCGUUCGGUUACCUCCUCUCCAACGCUUUCGUCAACGUCCUCCAUGAGUCACCCAGAGUGCUGACGUCAGCCAACAAGAUCUACCAGGUCAUCGAAAAUCGCCCGGCCCUCAUGGACUGCUCCUCUUUUGGGUCACCAAUUCCCAAAAUUGAGUGGUUUAAAGACAGCCGAGCCAGCACCCUGAAUGGAGAACCUUACAUCCUGCAUGACAAUGGUACUUUGGAGAUUCAAGUAGCUCAGUCGCAGCACAAAGGCAGAUACACCUGCAUUGCCAGGAACUCGCUUGGAUCCUCUGAGAAUCACGUUUACCUGCAUAUAAAAGAGCCUACCCGUAUCCUAAAGCAACCGGUUGACACGGUGGUGCAAAGGGGCCGAUCUGUGACGUUCGAGUGCACAAUAAAACACGACAAGGAUCUCUUACCCACUUUGAUUUGGCUUAAGGAUGAUGAGGAGCUUCCCGACGAUGAGCGAUUCCUCAUAGAGUCCAACAGCCCGCCUACCUCUGAUGUGUCAGAGAGAGAAUGGCAUAGAGAUCAUGUGGAGCUGCCUAACGAUGAUCGAUUCGUCAUACAAUUCAACAGCCUGUCCAUCACUGACGUGUUGGAGAGAGAUGCAGGGGUGUACACGUGCUACGUAAACACCACUCUGGACCAAGACUCAGUCACCGCUGAGCUGACUGUUGUCGAGACCACACCAGCUCCAGCUGUCAUCCACGGGCGACCCGAUCCCCCCACAGACCUGGAGUUGACAGACGAGAAAGAGAGGAGCGUUCAGCUUACUUGGAUCCCUGGGGAGGAACAUAACAGCCCUAUUCAUGAAUUUGUAAUCCAGUAUGAAGACUCGCUGCACCACCAAGGUCACUGGCAUGACAUUGCCCGGGUUCCCGGGACCAAGACAACGGCUCAUCUCAAGCUUUCACCAUAUGUCCACUACACAUUCAGAGUGCUGGCCCGUAACGCCGUGGGUCUGAGCAAGCCGAGCAGCCCCUCUCGAAUGUAUAAAACUAAGCCUGCAGCUCCUGACCAGAACCCAAAAAAUGUCCGUGGAUCUGGAAAUAAACAUAACAAUCUUGUUAUCACCUGGGAGCCUCUGUCAGGCCUUCAGUCCAACGGUCCUGGGCUUUAUUAUAUAGUGAGCUGGAGGCAGAAAAGGCCAGGCACCGACUGGAUAACAGCCACUACCAACAACUCCAUGUAUACUGUGUCUGAAAUACCCACAUAUAGUCCAUUUGAGAUAAAGGUUCAGGCUGUAAACAACCACGGAGAAGGACCAGAGCCCGCUGUUGCCAUCGGCUACUCAGGAGAAGAUUUGCCAGCAGCAGCUCCAGCAAAUGUUCGGGUUGAUGUGGUAAACAGCACUGUGGCUCGGGUUCGCUGGGACCCUGUGUCUCCUCAUUUAAUACGAGGGCAGAUCCAAGGAUACAAGGUUCAUUACUCGAGGAUGCACAGCCUUCACAAACACAACCCCCAUCACACGGAGAAGCGCGUGCUCACCUUUAGUGGGAACCACAGCCAAGGCCUGCUGCCCGGGUUGCACCCAUUCAGCCACUAUUCUUUUUACGUAAGCGUCUUCAAUAAGAAAGGAGAGGGUCCCAAAAGUGAAAAGGAGGAGUUUCAGACACCUGAAGGAGAGCCUGGACCACCCGCCUCGCUGUCUGUCACAAACCCCAGCCUAGAUUCACUGACCCUCGAAUGGAGUCCUCCUCAUGAACAUAAUGGGCACAUCACUGGCUACAACCUGAGAUAUCAGCCAGUCAAUAACUCCAAUGAACUUGGCCCAGAAGAGGAGCUGGCCCUGGCUGCCAAUGAGACCUCAGUCACUUUGCAAAACCUCAAGUACAGCCCACGCUACAAGUUUUAUUUGAAUGCGAGAACAAGCGUUGGAGCGGGCCCGGCCAUUUCUCAGGAAGCUGUCGUCAAGCAGGAUGAAGGAGGCACCCAAACCUCUCAUCCGGUUGCAGGGUUUCCUCCACGCCGUCCGAUCCACAAGGCCCGGCCCGUGAGUCUUUUUGCAAAUGUUAGCUCCUCGGUUGAAGAAGAUGGGGUCCUGAUCAGUUGGGAGUACUGGGGCCUGGAGAAAAAUGUUUAUGUAGAGUACAUUGCAGAAAACAGUGAAGGCGAAGAGGAGUGGCAAAAAGAGCUUGUGAACGGCUCUCAGAACGUUAAGCUGAAAGGUCUAAAGGUGGGCCUCUCCUAUAGGGUGCGUGUGGUGGCUAAAGGUCACCACGAGCAGCUGCUCCACUCCGAGGAGCUGUUUGUCACGGUACCAGCUGUGACGAGCAGACAGGUAGACAUCGCCACUCAGGGAUGGUUCAUCGGCCUCAUGUGCGCCAUCGCCCUGCUCAUCCUGAUCCUCCUCAUUAUCUGCUUCAUUCAGAGGAACAAAGGAGGAAAAUACCCCGUCAAAGAAAAGGAGGACGCGCACACAGACCCGGAGUUCCAGCCAAUGAAAGAUGAUGACUGUACUUUUGUGGAAUACAGUGACAAUGAGGACCAUAAACUGGUAAAAGAGAGCCGCACGCCGUCUAACGGGACGGUUAAGAGAGACGACAGUGACGACAGCUUAGUUGACUACGGGGAAGGAGGAGACGGACAGUUCAACGAGGACGGCUCCUUUAUUGGCCAGUAUAGUGGAAAGAGUUCCAGCAGGGACAAUGCUGAGGGCCCUGAGAGCUCAGGGGCCCCGUCCCCGAUUAACGCCAUGAACUCCUUGAACUCUUUUGUGUAGCGGUGUGGUGUGCUCGCUGCAUCCCGACAAUGGCAGAAUCUCCAUUUAGCAUGGGGAUUUGGGUUUGGGGUUUUGAGGGGGUCUCACGAGGCUGCAUGGCUUCAUAAUCACACACCUCACAGACAUCUGAGGCACAAGAAACAUAGAAAAACUGAUUUUUUUUUUUUUUUUUUUUUUCCCCACUUGGAAAUCUUCCUGACAACGUUGGGCUUAGUAGCUGAACUGUAUGAUACUGAUUUGACAAUACAUGCUUUUACUUUAAGACAUAUAUUAUUAAUACUUUGACAUUAACUCAUAUUGCAUCUUUCAAUAGGUCUCACAUGAGCAAUGCAGUGCUUUUCCAAAAUACAUAUAUUAUGUUGGUUUUGACUUUUUUUUUUCACUGAAGCAGUGUUAAAUGUCAACAGUAAGCAGCUAACGUGCAUAUUUCCAACCGAGGACAGGAAGUUGCCGUGACGUAGUGCACUGAUAUAAUGCAUGUGCGGCAAUAAUUCAGUUUCCAAAUGCAUUUGCAAUCCCACUGGCAGGACAUGCACACCUGCUAGAACUAUACAGAGGGUGCAGUUCCUUGCAAAAGUAUUCAUAUCCCCCAGUUGUUUUUACAUUUUGUCACAUUACAAUGUCAAACUCAUGUGUAUUUUAUUGGGAUUUUAUGUAACGCACAAACUGGUAUGUGUGUGUAUAGUGGAUAGGGACACGUUCAUGAUUUUCUCACUUUUGUUUUUUUUGCAAAGAAGAAUCUGAAAAGUGUGACUUGCAUUUUUGAGUCUGUGCUUUUCUUGGGUCAUCUUUGGAUUAUCCGCAAGUAUUUUGGGGCAUGUCUGUAUUAGAGGAAACUCAGAUUAAAUUAAAUUGAGAGCAUUUGUAACCAGCUAUUCUCUAGGUCUGGAUAUAGUUCUUUAUUUGGAUCCGUCUUCCAUCAGCUUCACUGUUCCCACAGUAUGAUACUGUCAAUACCUUACCAGUACCAGAGCUAUGGAUCACUGGGACUCCUCAACAGAGGCUGUGUUCCUCUUGGCUCAUUUUCUGAUCAGCAGCUGUCUUGCCUACAUUGUAGGUAGACAGCAAUGAGAAGAUGGAAGUAUGAAGGUGUGCUAUAUUCUUUUUUUUUUUUUUCCGAGUGAUGUAUUGAACAGUUCUCCAGAAAAUGUUCAAAGCUUUGGAUAUUGUUUUCUGAUCUAACCCUACAUCUCCAUGCCUUUAUCCCAGGCCUUUCUGCUCUGUUUCUUGUAUUUUAUGAUCCUGUUUGUUCAUUAAUGUUCGCUAGAAAACAUGCAAACAGUUAGAUUUGUACAGAAAUUAAAUCUUAUAGAGAUUUGGACGCCACAGCCUUUUCUGUCAACUUCUCAAUUGCACACAGCUGUAUGUUGAUGUAUCACAUGAAAUCUCAAUUAAAUAUACUCAGCUCUGUGAUUGUAAGAUGAGAAAAUGUGAAGCAGCUCAAUGGGGGUGAAUACUUUUUCCAAGUUGCAUGCUGACAGGUCCUCCUUUGUCACCUCUUUAAUCUGCUCCUGCAAAUGUAAAAAUUGAAAUGCAGCUUUGGAUGUGUCAUGCCAUCUUCAUAUUAUUCCACCCCACCCCCUGCAUGUGACCUCCUGUUAUUUUUUUAGCUCAAUCUGAAGAUCAGAAGUGAAUGCUGAAGGUCCAGCAGCUUAGAGGGCUUCCUUCAGCAGGUAGUGCCUUUCUAAAGCAGUGACUCAGUUCUGAAGACUCUCAUUGGAGUUUAAUUACCACACUGAAGACAAUAACGGGGUUUGUAAGAGUCACGUCCAAGGAAAAAAUACCACGCGUCAUAAAUUCACUCCUAAUGAUGCUUUGACAUGCAGGACCGGCUUUGUUUCUUUAUUUAGAUCAGAUCGAAACAUUGUUAAAGCUUCUUGUGGUGCAUCAGAGAUGCUAUUGAUUGUAUUUCUUCAAUGUUUAAAUGUAUAUGGUUCUGUGUGUGUGUGUGUGUGUGUGUUUGUGUGUGUGUGUGUGUGUGUGUGUGAGUGUUUGUGAAUGCCUGACAUUCAGUUUCAUUGAGGCAAGCAUUGUUCAAAUGUACUAACUGCACUUGAGGGCCUUUGGAUGGAAUCAAGAUUUUCUUUUUCUUAACUUGCAUCAAGUUUUAUUUUUAAAACAUUUAGUUGAUGAGUAUUUGACGACUGUGUAAAUAUAUAUGAAUUGAUUGUACAGGGACAAGCAGAAUAUGAGUGGCAAUAUUGUGCAUGAUGUGGUUUUAUUUGUUAAUUUGACUAUAAUAAAUAUAGACAACUAUAGACUUGUAGAGAAUAUAUAUAUACAGCCUCAAAUGUUUCAUUUUAUUAUUAUUAUUAUUAUUAUUAUUAUUAUUGUUUCUGUGCAACUUGUAAAUUGUAAUUAACUAACGGGACUGAAAUUUUCUUAUAAAUGUGUGUUUUUUGUUCUGAUACUCAUGGCAUCAUAAUGCACAGGCUGAUAUUCUGAUUUAAACUGGUUGUAAUGGUUUCUGUUGUACUCCUGUAGGAAUUGAUUCACUUUGUUUUCGAGUGUCUCAGAUGUUUUGUAUUUUAGAGCCAGAUUUGUACUAACAAAUGAUUUCAUUUCAGCUAUUUAAGUUUUUAUUCUCUUCAUUGCUGAUCUGACUUUCAGUCUACGGGAAAUAUGAUGCAUAAAUAAAUCACCUGCUUUAAAUUUUC